AUGGAUAAACCAGUCAACAGUGGUUCAGAUGUGAGCCGGGUCCAAACUACAGAUGAUCAACAUCAUGAAGCAGACAACAUUUAUAAACGAGUCUAUAAACGUCUCUCAAAAGGAAUUGUUGAAUGGUCAACUACGAACGAAACGACUAGCAUGUCUAACGUCCAAACUGCCGCCAAUACAAUCGAUCAGUUGAAAGCUACGAAUUCUAAACAGGACCGAACCGUCAACAAUACUAGCAAUCAGUCAAAUGCUACCAAUUCUACGGAGGACCCGCUGGCUAUUAAGAAAGCGAUCAUUGACCUCGGAAAAAAGUACGGUGAAACUAUUGCACGUCACAAAAAAGCCUCCGCGGAAGUAAAAAAAGCCAAACGCUCGGAAAAAAGUCACAAAGAAAAGCUCGAAGAGUUGGUUUUGAAAAAACGGGUCUCUCAAAACCAAUCGAAAUGGGACUCCUACUCCCGUUGUAUUCGUGAGACAUUCGAGCUCAUCCGUGCAAGUGAAGAAGAUAUCAAGAGAGCGUUGGAAACCGAGGAAUCCACUAAAGAUGACAUGGAGACGGCUGAACCGGAAUGGAAGUUUGAAUCGAUGUGUUCUGGAGAAGCAUACUAUAAGAACGGAGAGUGGAAAUGGCAUAAUUGA